UCGAGACCAGUAACAAACAAACUGGUUUCAGUGGUUACCAGCAGAAAACUAAAAUGACUGUUUAUUCUCUGAAUGAGCCAUCAGUUUCACCAGUAAAUUUACUGCAUGUCAGCCAAACAUUUAACCAACAGGAUAAAAUCAAAUGAUUUCUUUUGUCUAAGGAAUAAUUUCAAAUGCAACUGCAUGAUUUUUACAUUUUUUUUUUGCAAGAAUCCACAAGUUACAUUUCAUAUUACCAAGACAUUCAAAUCACCACACAGGAUGCUGAGUGUCUGCCCUGGACUACCAAAAUAAAGUCAAACUGAAUAAAAACAUCUGUUCGCCACACACAGCUGGAGAGCAGGUGUGAGGUCGCGGUGCAGUGUCGCGACUUGGCCACCAGGUGUCACUGAAACACAGCGGAGUUGAUGUGGCUGUGACAGAAGAAGAGCAGCGGCAUCUCGUACUGACGGGUGGAUCUUUACUUGGCAGCAGUGAAGAAUGAAGUAACAGAAUGAAGUAUUGCAAAGUAUAUCAGAGUAUCACUGAAAGUAACUCACAGGUUCGAUCUCCACAGGAACAAAUGAGUUGAUAUGUAUUUCCCUGAGAGCUAAAAUACUGCUAGUGCUACGACUACUGCUUCUAAGCUACUAAAGUACUAUCACUAGAAACAUUACCACCAGUAUAUUAGCCGACUACUACCAGUUGUGGAAGAAGUAUUCAGAGGUAAAUAUACUGCAAGUUUAAGUCCUGCAUCUUUUACUGACGUGCAGACAAACAAUACAGUGAGUGUAUUAUUAGUCAAAACUAAGUUCUCAUGAAGUAUAAAGUACAUCAUUGAAUUAAAACGACUGUUGGACUGUGAAAACUACAAGUACAGAGUAUCACUUCAGCCACUCAGGAAGUAUAAAGUAGGAUAAAGUGGUACUGAAAGUAGUACUACUAUAACUACUAUUACUAUACUAUUAGAACUAUUAAUGUCACCACUUCCACUGCACUUCCUGUGACAGCCAUUACUACUACCACUACCACUACAGUACUGCUACUACUACCACAACUAAAACUACCACUACAGUAAUAUUAGUGCCACAACUACCAUAGCAAGUACUCCAACUGCUAUUACUAAUACUACAGCUGCUUUUACAGCUGGCACUACAACCUCUACUGUGACUGCAACUGUACUACUUCUGUUUUAAUUAUGAUUAGUAUUGAGGAUUAGUAUUGAUUAGUAUUGAUGGACUGCUACAACCACUACUCCAUGUAUUACUGCCACACAACCACAGCUAUCUGAACUUCUACAGCUCGUUUCAUUUCCUAAUACUACUUCAGUUAGUACUACCAGUAGGCUACCACAUUGGCUCUCAGCACUACUGCAUUUUCAGUUGCUAGUUCAGGUGCUACUUCACUCUUGUUCUGGUUUACAUGAUACUUAAUGGUGAUUAUUACGGUAUUUAUUACCAGUAGUACACACAGUAUUGGUGCCUAAUUACAAUAUUAGUCUUAUUUUUUUACCAAUAUUAUUAAAUGGUAAUAGCACGUGACUCUGCAGUCCUUCGGGUCUGACGUCACCCGCCCUCCUCCUCCUCCUCCUCCUCAGUCCGCUCCGCUCUGCCUGCGCUCACUGAAUCCAACAUGGAGUAAGGAGGCGAUGGGGCUCGUCCGGGGCCACCCUCACCGAUACCAGCGCACCAUUUUCGGUCACCGCUUUCCAGCCCGUGCCGGCGGGGGAGGAGGUAGAGGAGGCGGUGGAGGAGGUGGAGGAAGAGGAGGAGAAAGAAGAAGAGGAGGAAGAAAAGGCGUAGGAGGAGAAGGAGUGGAGGAGGAGAUCGGAUGCGCCUCAUCGGAUGCGCUCCAGUAACCGAACAGUGAGCGAAAAAGAAGAAGAGAAGCAGGCAGAGGAGGAGGUGGUGCUAGAGGAGGAGGUGGGCGGACGGAGAUCCAAGAACACAUAACGCACGCCGGGACUCGAGAACCGAGCGGAGAGCGGAGGGAACCGGAGCUGCCGCCGCUCCUGGAGCUGCCGCCGCUCCUGGCGCCGCGCCGCCGCCACCGCUUCUGCCGCUGAAGGGCGAGGAAACAUGAAGGCACCGCACUGUGCAGCCGCGGCGGCAGCUUGUUAUUACCGGAGGUGAAACGGAAAAAGAUGAGCGAGGACACGCGCCCAGACGAUGACAGCUACAUUGUGCGCGUCAAAGCGGUGGUGAUGACCAGAGACGACUCGAGUGGCGGCUGGUUGGCGCAGGACGGCUGCCUGAGCAGGGUGGGCGUGUGCAGGCUGCUGCCCACCGAGCUGCUGGGACGCAACACCUUCCUCAUCCACGGCGAGCGACUCACGGACAAGCAGGUGAUCCUGGAGUGUUUCUUAAAGAAGGAUCUGGUCUACACGAAGGCCACGCCGACGUUCCACCACUGGAAGGUGGACAACAGAAAGUGCGGCCUGACCUUCCAGAGUCCGGCAGACGCCAGAGCCUUCGACCGUGGGGUGAGGAAGGCCCUGGAGGACCUGACAGAAGGGUCGACCACGUCCUCGUCAACGCUGCAGAAUGAGGCGGAGCUCGGCGAUGACGACGUCUUCACGACGGCCACUGACAGCUCGUCCAAUUCGUCCCAAAAAAGAGAGCCAGCGAUGCAUUCACUGGCCCCGCCCAACUUCUGCGAGGGUCGGCGGCACCAUUGCAUCCUGGGACAUUUCUACGAGCAGCACCGGCCCUCUGAGCACUACUUCUUGGACCAGGCGGUGCACAUGUUCCCUCAUCACGUUAGCUUCCAGGUGGAGGAGGAGGAGGUCGUACGCAUCAACCCCCGCGAGCGAACCUGGCUGACUGGCUACGAGGAUUACCGCCACGCCAACUCCACACGCGACAAACUCGCCCAGCCCGAUAACCUCGACGCCUACGUGCACUUCGCCAAGAGCGAGCCGCCCAAACAUGACUACACCUACCCGUACCCGCUGAGCUGUGAUGUGCAGCGAGGCUGCGACAGCAAACCCGGGUGCCUGGAGCUGGGCGGCGGCCACAGAGCCGUGGUGACAGUGCAGCCGAGGGCCCUGCAGCCCAAAGGCAAGAGGCGGAAGGAGGACGGCGAGCGUUCGCGCUGCGUUUACUGUCAGGACAUGUUCAACCAUGAGGAAAACGGGCGGGGCCGCUGCCAGGAAGCCCCCGACCCCAUUCAGACGUGCAUCAGACGGGUGAGCUUCAUGUGGUGCGCGGACAGCCUGCUGUAUCACUGCAUGUCGGACCCGGAGGGGGAUUACUCGGACCCGUGCUCCUGCGACACCAGCGAUGAGCGCUUCUGUCUGCGCUGGACGGCGCUGGUGGGUCUGUCUCUGUUGGCGCCCUGCAUGUGCUGCUACGCCCCCCUCAGGGCGUGCUACCGCUGCGGCGUAGCCUGCCACUGCUGCGGCGGGAGACACAAAGCUGUGGGCUGAGGCGCCGCAGGCUCCGCCCUCCUCACAGGGACUCGUGGGAGGAGGCGGACGCGGCUGUGAUUUUCACGUUGGUUUUGUUUUUUUGUUGUUGUCGUUUGUCUCGUCUCCGAUUAUCAGAAGGAGGAGAAGAAGAAGAACUUUGUCUCAGCAGUUGGAAAAAUAAAAUAAAAUUCCCCGUUGUUUGUUUUUAUGUCUUUUGUGACUUUGGGGACCCAAUGGCUUCCAAAUCUCACAAAGUCUGAACAAACAACAUAUAAAUAUAUAUACAGGUACUUUCUAUUUUUACACUCAUGUUUUUAGGACUUGAACAUGUCCUCGUUUUUUGGCUGUUGUGUGAAGUCAGUAUGGAUGUUGAGCUGCAAAACAUUUUCACCAUACAAAAAGUCAAAUGUGGUGUAGGAAUAGUUGAACAUUGAAACAAAAACAGGUGUUCAGAUUCUGAGAAGGUGGAUAAUAAUCUCAUGUUGGUGUGUUUAGUUCAGAGCUGAAGUCAGGUCGCUGUUAGCCUAGCUUAGCAUAAGGACCGGAAGCGUGGAGGGAAUCAGUCAGCCGGGCUUUGCAGAAACGUCCAGCUCUGCGCUUCGCCCACAGACAUGAGAAGGAUUUCACAUUUUUCAUUUAUUGUCGGCUAACUCGGAUUCUCAAUACACGUUGUUGUUGAGACGAAUGUUUCGCGGCGUCCCGGCAGCUCCGGUUCCCUCACGUUCACUUAACUAGUCCGAAAGCUGCUCUGCUUACCUCCCAGCAAACCGAACAGAUAAACCAGUUUGGCUGACCAGUAGGAUUGCAGAGUCCACUUCCUGAAUAAUCCAGGAACACAGUGAAGGACCCUCAGCAGCUCAGAGCUUUGAGCAGCUCAGUCCUCCUCACCGAAUCAUCUGCUGCUGUCUUGUGUGCUGGUCCUGCUGGUCCAUCUUAGCUGGGGUUUGGUUUGGAGGUUUGCAUGAUAAUGAGAAGAAGAAGAAGAACAGCAAACAGUAAAGCUAAGACACAACACUGCUGCAGAUCUGUGUGUUCAGGACACUGGAUCUCAAGAAAAUCCUUUAAAAGUGUCAGAACAAUUUUUUAACAUGUUAAACAAGUUCUGCAUUGGCCUGUUUCUUCUUUAGAAUCGUAUCCGCCUCCGAUUGACUCACUGAAGAAUAUCUCAAGAAGGAAGGGAAAGACAAGAUGAGCACAAAGUCUGGCAGUGCAGAUUAAGUUUGAGAAAACCUGAGACAGGAAAGGAGUCAAAUAAUAACCAGAUUAUCAUUUUAGUCGCUUGUAUCACAAGCUCCUUCUUUCAGCAAAUACCUGAAGCUCAUCACCAGAGAUGGCAGAAGGUUGAAGCGGUUGACGGACGUAAAGAUGGCCGACGUGCUUCAUUUCUUGUGUGAAUAAAUUCAACCUUUCCACAGUCAGGAAUCCUGGUUAGGACCCUGGUGUCUCUCAAAUGAAGACUUUGUGCUCAUUUCACAGACACGUGAGUCUUUAGCAACAGAUGGAGCUCGUCGUGAUUCUCCAAAAGCUAAAAAUGAGCGAAUAAGCUGCAGCAGCUCAGCGUGCAGACCCGCAGGAAACGAAACCUCGGCGUUCAUCUCGACACGGAAAGACAAACUUCAUCCAGUGAGGCCAAACGUUUAUCGUCUUCAUUGUUCUCAGUGCUUUCAGUGUUUGCUUGUCUGUCAGACAUCUUUGGUCUCACACUAAACAGACAGCUCGACCAUUUGCUGUGAUUUACCUGCAGCCGCCUCACCUGACUGCAGUCUUUGUCUCAAAACUGCUGAACGUUUUCCAGACGUUACCAUCAGGUUUUAAGUUUGAUUUCCUUCCUCUGAAGGCAGCCGUCGGUCUGAAAAUCAACUUGAAGAGACUUGAAACUUGCAUUGGAUUACCGAUUCAGUUUUAUUUGUUACAAUUUAAAAUAUUUUCGUCAUCUGUUUUUAACUUUAACUCCAACGCACCAUCAUCAGGUCCGCAUUGUAAGUCUGAACAGAUGAUGUUCCCAUGAGCCUCAGCUGUGCUUGGUGCUAAUUAGCAGCUUAGCAUGCUAACACUCUGGUGAACGGCAUGUUGAUGUUAGCAUGGCUGUGCGUGCUCAGUUAAAUAAAUAGAAACAAGUGGCUGCCUGGAAGGUUUUCUGAAGAGCAGUUAGCUGUGACAGUGAAGCAUACGUGAUGAGCAGUAAACUGUGGAAAACAUGUGAAACCACAGGUGUGUUUCUUUAAACACACACACAGCUCACACCAGCAGGUUUCAGGUCUCUGUUCUGCACCUGUUCAGGUUCAAACCGACGGCUGCCUGAAGGCUGUGAAGUCGCUCGAUGUGAAGGACGGUUGGCAGCGACGUAAAACAGACAGUUUGUAUGAAACGGCGAAAUCCUACAUGUUGCACCUUUAAUUUGCCGAGCGUUUGGGCUCAGUGGAGCAGCGACGAGAAGCGAAGGCCUCGUUGUCUGCCUGUCCGUCUGUCCGUCUCACCUCUCGCUCCUCUUCCUGCUGUGUUUCCUGUCGGUCAAACUGCCAUGCGUUGUAGAGAAGAUCCCCUCGUUUCCUUUUCUGUGUGCGGCGAAGGAAGUUGAACCAAAAGCGGUUUGUCUGUUGGACGCGGCGUCCUCGGCGUCCUCGGCCUGCGUUCACUUCAGCUUUUAAAGGAAAGUGCCUGAAGCCUCCUCUUCAUCUCCGUCCUGUCUGUACACUUCAGAAGGUAAUUACUGUGUAAAAACAAAAAACAAAGGUCGAAUUCAUUGGUUUGUCUUUUUUAUAUAUAAUUCACAUUUUUACCUAUGUAAAAAACAGAAUAUAUAUAUAUGUAUAUGUAUCAUGUGUAUGAUGUACAUUUUCAGUUCUAUUUUUUUAUUGUUUCUAAUCUGAUGGAUGUAAAUCUCUUGUAACAGAAAAGAGGCGAGACAUGUAUAAUACAAAUACAUCAUCUGG